CGGCAUCCGCCACGUGUCAGGCAUUGUUCUUUAAACUGCCGAAUGAUUCAUCUUCUCUUUCUCAAUGAUUUUCUUACCAUUUUUUCUUCCUCCUCGUCCUCUCCCCCCCCCCUCCCUCUCUCUGUUUGCUUCGUCUUGAUGUUUGCAGAAGAUCUAAACCAUGCUAUCCCCACCAAGAUCAGCUAUGGCGGCCUGUGCCUCCAAUGGGGGAGGGAGUUGUUGUGCUGCCGUCCCUGAGCCCGGUGCUAUCAUCCAUGACAACGUGAAGGAAUACUACGGGAAGACAUUGUCAUCGAACAAGGAUUUAGAAACGAACGUCUGUGCAAUCGCGAAUGUGAAAGCACCUGGAAUCGGCAAGUUGAUGGCGAACGUUCAUCCGAAGGUCGUCGAACGCUUUUAUGGAUGCGGCUCGCCCAUUCCUCCGCUGCUGCAUGGCUUGACUGUUCUGGACUUGGGGUGCGGAACAGGAACUGAUGUGUACAUUGCAGCCCAGCUAGUGGGGGAGAAAGGGAGCGUGAUUGGAAUCGACAUGACCGAUGAGCAGCUGGCGGUGGCGCGUGAGGUUGAAGAUUGGCAGCGAGAGAAAUUCGGUUACGCAAAGUCCAACGUCGUGCUAAAAACGGCUUUUAUUGAAGAUCUCAAGGCGGCUGACGUUGCCGACCAAUCGGUAGAUGUGGUAAUCUCCAACUGUGUCAUCAACUUGGCCCCAGACAAAGCGCCUGUUUUUUCAGAAGUUGCGCGUAUUCUCAAGCCGGGGGGAGAAUUCUACUUCUCCGAUUUGUUUGCCGAUAGACGGAUUCCGAAGCAUCUGCGACAGGACAAAGUCUUAUGCGGUGAGGGAUUAGCAGGAGCGCUGUACGUGAAGGACUUCAGCCGAUUGAUGAGUAAAGUCGGACUUGGGGCAUGGGGAAUUGCAAAACAUGCUAUCAUCACCGUAAACAGUGAGAAGAUUUCGAAACUAGUAGGAGACACCACUUUCUACAGCCUCACAGUGCGUGCCAUCAAGGUAGACCCAAGCAAACUGGGAGACGCUCUCGAGGACUUUGGACAGGUGCUUCACAUGCACAACGUGAUGCACCUUGAGGAUCUGCUGCACAUGGUGCAGGUGCUGCAGAUGCAGCAGGCAGCAGCAGAGGAAAAAGAUACCGCCGAACGUAGACGCCCCAAGGCUACUGCCACUGCCAAGUGGGAGACUCAAGGGCUUUCUCCUAUCGCUUGUCCGAUAAAGCUUCUCCGCCGUUGGUCGAUGAGGACUAUUCCAAGUGUCCGAGUCACAUCCGCAAUCUCGUACUGCUCUGCCCGCACCGGCUUCUGAUCGGUGGACGUGGUAAUCUCAAACUGCGUCAUCAACUUGGCCCCAGACAAAAGGCCCGUUCUUUCAGAGAUUGCACGUAUUCUGAAGCCCGGGGGAGAACUUUACUUCUGCGAUGUGUUUUCAGACAGGCGGAUUCCGAAGCACCUGUGCGAUGACAAGGUCUUGUUUAGCCAGUGCUUGUCAGGAGUUCUCUAUGUGAAGGAUUUCUUCAAAUUGAUGCGCGAGGUCGGACUGGCGGCAUGGGGAGUCGUCAACCAUUCCAUCAUCCGUAUCGACAACGAGAAGAUUUUGAAACUUCUUCGAGACAUCACUGGCUACAGCCUUACAGUGCGGGCCAUCAAGGUGGACCCAAUCAAACUGAAAGAUGCGCUAGAGGACUUUGGACAGACUGCAACCUACGAUGGGGCCAUUCCUGGCUAUGAAGAAUCCUUCAGUCUGGACUUGAGGAACAUCUUUGCAAAGGGGAAGCCAACUCCAAUCGACGGACUGACUGCAUCGAUGCUUCUCUCUUCAAGAUAUGGCUCGCACUUCUCCAUCACAGAGAAGGGGUCACACAAGGGUAUCUUUUCUGGUGAGAAUGCCAUUGCUGGGGGCAGUAAUGGCUGGGCCCUUUUCCUCGCGAAGGAGGCCAAGAACUCCCCGCCGGCCAAGCUUGGGUCAUGCUGUGGCUGAAGGAGAUGAACUCAGAAUGGCCAAUGGAUUGAAUUUCGCAGAGAGUAAAAACAAAAGCAUGGGUUUGAA